AUUUUAUUCAUUUUUCGAUCGCAUCACCUGCGCCAUGCGUGUGACACAUUCAUUCAUCUCAUUUCUCAUCUGAGUAUUUUUUAUCAACUCAGAAUCAUUCAUAUAUUCAUUUAUACACAUACAAAUAAAAAUGGCCUGUCUCUAUCCAAAAGAUCCUUUAAUCAUGGAACUGAAAGGGUACACCUCCAAAUUCCUGGAGUGUUAUAAAAAGGGGGACCCUGUGACAGAUGCGCAUCCAUUGCUGCUUAGUUUAGAAGGAUGUCUCGAAAACAUUUUCUACUGUUCCAUUAAAGCGCAGACGGCACUCUUUGGCUACCUGUGGGAUGGCUCCGCAUGGAGAUGGAUAGAGAAACCAUGAAAUCGGAUGAUUUCUACAAUGAAAACUAUCAGAUCACGCAGGUCAUCGAAAGCGUCAAGCAGAGGAAAGAUGUGUUGACCCAAGAUGGACGCUUUCGACUUGCUGUGCGCUAUUGCCUCGUACGAAAAUGCCUGCAUCGUCCGAUUGAAUAUUUGCGGUCAUCAGACAAAUGCGAUAAAUAUUACGUGUCUGAUGCAAUCCUCGCCGAUGAAAUCCUUAUCGAAAUACUGCUCUCCGUGAUCUACCAAUUGAACAUCGUAGAUUUUAAGUUAGACUUAGAAAAUUCAGCGUUUUUGGACCUCUCGUGGGAGUUACCACGAAUUAUCAACGUCGACUUGGUCCCCAGUAAAGAUCUUGGCAUCUCUGUUAAAUAUGCAGGAGAAAGACCCAUCAUUACGAAGAUUCGUGCCAACAGCGUUGUUCAUGAAUCUGCUGAUAUCAAUAUCGGGGACGUCAUCGAAUGCAUCAACAACGUACCAGUGCUCUCGGUAGCCCAUGGAAGCCUCAACACUUUAUUAAAAACUUCACGUAUCCAACCUGUGACCUUGCGAUUAAUCAAAGCCAUUACUGAUCCAACUAAAAAUACCAUACAUCCCGCAAUGAUCCAACUCUACAAGGAAAUUCAACUGGACCCGGAGACGGUGCGUGCCUCCCUGAACCGAAAUCACAAUCCCACUCAAGGAUCAACUUGGAGAAACUGUAAUCUGAAACUGAAAGCGUUGACUGGUUUCACAAUUACUUACCUGGGAUGUGUGUGUGUGGGGCGCAAUAAUGAGGCUAAAGCAAUUGACAAGGUAUUCGCCAACUUUUUCUGGCCGCCCCGCACACCGCAGCAACGUGACAAGAGUCUGAAGGAGGAAGUGCUCUUCGAGGUUGGCGAAUUGGGCAUCAAAUUUUCCAGCGUAGCAAGGAGAUGUUUAAUGAAGAGUCACAUGUUCAUGGAAAUUUCUGGUUGUUCAUGCAUUACAUUGAUGCCAAAUUAUUUCGCUUACAUCGCAGGGAAUGCAAACAGUCAACCAAAAUUUUCUUAUUACUUUUUCUGCGCACCUGAUGCCGAAAUCGCCAAUGUCAUCAUGCAAUUAAUGCAGCAAGGAUUCCGCCGCACAAAUUACGCUGUUUAAUCGCAAUGGUACCACAAAUGUUACUCUAACUUUAGAUAAUAUUUUGAUACUAAUAAAGAAUACAUUAUACAUUAAUAUAAUACAUAUAUCACAAUAGUAACAAUUAAUAAAUUUUGUUUAAAAUUA